ACGAGUUACACCGAGUGUACUUGAAGCGAACAAGGAAGUAACAGUUCAGGGUAGUGUGUACAGCUGUCUACUGUGUAAAUUCGUCUACCACCCGUCUAACACCGUCUAUCACCGUCUAACGUUCAGUAUUCGGCAGUGUGUUGCUGUUGUGUGGCCAGGUAUACUUUGUGUAGUGUUUUACUGAGUUUGUCUUGUGCACAGGCCCUGUAUUGGUGAGGCGUCCUUGUAACCCACCCGGAUAUCACAGGAGAAAACUGACACAGAUAGUGCGGGCAGACCUCGACCGACCACCACAACCAUGGGUAAUAAGAACAGCAACCCUCCUCAACCCAGUACCCAGAAUAUCCAGGUUACACCAAAAACGGAAGGACACACAGAGAGGGUUAACGUUGCAGGAAUUGUUCAUGGUGGAGUUGGCAACACAUAUAACGCGCAAGACGACAAGGAAUGUGUGGAAAAGGAACUCCUUCGUUUGCGCUGUGUACUCUCGGUAAAGGAGAAGGAAAAACAAGAUAGAAUAGAGAGUGUUAACAGUCUGGGGUCGAAGAUAAACAAACUGGAAGAAGAAGUAGAAAACCUCCGAAAACAAACAUACGAUAAACGUGAGGAUAUACAAAACAUCGAGAGGAAGAUACGUAAGCUGAUGUCAGACGUUAAAUGCAAGAAACACGAAAUAGCAGAGUUGGAGAGAAACGUUAUACCUGGACUAAAGAAACAGAUUGAAGAAACUCAAAUACGGUUGAAAAUACUCAAAGAAACAGUUGACGACAAAGCGAAUGCCAUACCGGGCCUGGAAAACCAGGUGCGGGACCUGAUACAGAAUCUUACAAAAUAUGACACUGAUGUGAAAGCUGAAAGGGAGAGCAUUGCUGAACUGUACAUAUUGGUUCAUAAAUUGGGAAAAGACCUUUCAGAUCGGAAGAAUGAUCAGAAAAAAAUGGCUGAAAAGAUGCAGAACAUUGAAGCCGAACAAGCGAAACAAACACGCCAAUUUGAAGAUGACCGGAGAGAAAGAGAAGAACUACAAGGACAGAUACAAAACCUACACAAGGUGAUCGAGGAAAAGGACAAGGUGAUCGAGGAACAGGACAAGGUGAUCGAGGAAAAGGACAAGGUGAUCGAGGAAAAGGACAAGGUGAUCGAGGAACAGGACAAGGAUAUUAGACAACUUAAAGAUGCAAGGGCAGCAGUGGAGGGGAAGGUACAGGAACUUCAGGAUGCAGUGCAGGAGAAAACCACCCAGAACAAACACGGAAGGGAAGAAGGAAAGAAAGUGGCUGGUGACUUGAAGACAAGACCAGCCUAUCAACAAGCCGGGCAUGAAGCUAAACAACAUGGAGGUAGAACUGGAGACUGUGUGAACAUUGUGUCUGCUCCAGUGGCUGGUGACUUGAAGACAGGGGCCUAUCAACAAGCCGGGGAUGAAGCUAAACAACAUGGAGUGACACAGAAAGACUCCAACCCCCGCCAUGUCGCCGCCUUCCUUGCUGCCUGCCGUGAUAGGAACAUGGCCGAGGUGAAGCGUGUCCUGGAUCUGGGUCAGGUUGACAUCAACUGUAGAGGAGGGAGGAGCCGGACACCGGUGAUGGAGGCAGCACUUGGGGGAUACAGAGAUGUGGUGGAGCUCCUGCUGACUAGAGGAGCGGAUGUGUCACUGGUGGACGAUGACGGUAACAACACCCUCCUCUUGGCCUGUGUGAAAGGAGACGUAGAGACGGUGAAGGUCAUACUACCCCAGAACGGGGUGGACGUCAACUGUACAGGAGGAUGGAAGAGCUGGACACCGGUGAUGGAUGCAGCAUGGGGGGGACACAGAGAUGUGGUGAAGCUGCUAAUGAAGCGUGGAGCUGAUGUGACACUGGUGGACGAGGACGGUUACAACACCCUACACUGGGCCUGUUAUAGCGGAGACGUGGGGACGGUGAAGUUGGUACUGUCCCGGGGCUUGGUGGACAUCAGCGCCAGGAACAACUGCGGGAAGACAGCGGCCGACGUGGCGAGAGACGAGGGACAUCAUCAACUGGUGGAUCUCCUGGUGUCACGUGGUGCUCAGUGAAGUGGUUCUGGUUUUGGUACAGACAGUAAUGGUGAAGGUGCUGUUACUGACACUGACGUGGUGUAUGCCGUUCACGUCGUCGUAUUUACAUUGUGGGAUCAAGGUUAGAAUUAUUGUUGUGUUUGAGGAGAAAUAAAACUUGUUGAAAACA